AUGGCUGCUCAAGUCCUCCACCCUGCGCAAGCAGCUCCAGCCGCUUCUGCCACAAACAUUGCCGAACAACUGGAUGAUCAAGAGCGUCGCAAAUACGUUAAGGGUAAGAAACUUGGCUCUGGUCAGUACGCCGAUGUCUUCUCCGCCCACCUCGUAUCCGACCCUACACAACUCGUCGCCAUCAAGAAGAUCAAGGUCGGCCCCGAGGUUCAAGAAUGGGGCAUCUCCCACGAUUCUCUACGCGAAAUCAAGUUUCUCCAGGAGCUGUCACAUCCUAAUAUCAUCCGCCUAUACUCGGUCUUUUCUACAAAGAACCAGAAUCUCAAUCUCGUCCUCGAACAACUGCCCCAAGGAGAUCUGUUGAAGCUGAUCCAGGAUACCAACAACAUCAACUACAACGCCAGUGACAUCAAAGCUUGGAUGGGCAUGCUGUGCCGCGCCAUCUGGUUCUGCCACCAGAACUUCGUCCUCCAUCGCGAUAUCAAACCCAACAACUUGUUGAUCGCCGCCAAUGGUGAAGUCAAGCUUGCUGAUUUUGGUCUCGCUCGCAGUUUCGCCGACCCUCACGCCCCAAUGACCUACAACACUAUCACUAAAUGGUACCGUCCCCCGGAGCUUUACUACCAGGCAAACUUCUACUCUGGUGCUGUCGAUAUCUGGUCCGUUGGUUGCGUUUUCGCCGAACUCGUCCAACGUUGGCCCUUUCUGUACUCAAAUCCCGAUGGAGAUCUUGCAAUGAUUGCCAAAAUCUGUGAGCAGGUGGGUACUCCUACAGAAGACAAUUGGCCCGGCGUCAGCAAGCUACGUGGCUACGUGCCUGUCGCAAAGCAAGACAUCAACCCUGUAAAGAAGCGUGUCGACUGGGAGACCAACUUCAGCACUGUUGGUCCUGCUGGCGCAGAUCUGUUGAUGAACAUGUUUGCCCUUGACCCUCGUAAGCGUCCAACUGCAGCACAGAUCCUCGAGCACCACUACUGGACCUCCGAUCCACGUCCUUCUCGCCUCGAGGAUUUGCCCCGUCAGGGAGGUGGUCUCGAUACCAUGGGCGAAGACCUAAAGAGACGUGGCGGUGAGCUGCCCAACACCAGAGGUGACAAGGUGGCUCGAAAGAUCGACUUUGGCUCUAUGAUAGGCUGA